ACAGCUCACAAUUUUAAUGCUGGUUUGUCAGAGAUCAAAGUAUCUGACUGAGAGCAGAGAACUCUCUCAGUCCACUCCUCUCUUCAAACCAAUCCAUCCAUUUCCCCUCUCGUUGGCUGCCACAGCGACGAUUUACAGAGAAGAAGAAUAAGAAAAAGAAGAAGUUUUGCACGGGAAGACUCUCUGUUAACUUUAACUUCAAACAGUUCUCGAUCUCUGCUUUUCUGAGAGCUAGCAGCGAAUAAAGGAAGGACAAUCAGAAAUUCGAUCUGUGAAUAUCAGGCUCUUGGAAUUCGAUUCUUUGCCCGCCAUUGCGACUUCGAUUGUAUGUAAAGAGGAAGCGAGAUCGUUGUUGCUGGCCUCUGUCGGAGGAGGUAGGACUACGAGGUUUGGGCGUUUGGUGGUGUAAAGAAAAGGAUCGGGAGAUGGAGAACUAUUUGAAAGAGAACUUUGGGGAGGUGAAACCGAAGAACUCGUCGGAGGAGGCGCUUCAGAGAUGGAGGAAGCUCUGUUGGAUUGUUAAGAACCGUAAGCGCAGGUUUCGCUUCACUGCCAAUCUCUCCAAGCGUUUCGAAGCUCGCGCUAUCCAACGCUCCAAUCAGGAGAAGUUCAGAGUAGCAGUGUUGGUUUCGCAAGCUGCCCUACAAUUUAUCCAUGGUAUAACUUACUCUGUACCAGAGGAAGUCAAAGCUGCGGGUUUCCAAAUUUGUGCUGAUGAGUUAGGAUCCAUUGUUGAGUGCCAUAAUGUUAAGAAGCUGAGAGAUCAUGGUGGAGUUGAGGGCAUUGCAGACAAGCUCUCCACCUCAACAACCAAUGGUAUUUCUACUUCUGUGGAUUCACUGAGCCGAAGAAAAGAAAUUUAUGGGAUUAAUAAAUUUACUGAAAGUCCACCCAAGGGAUUCUGGGUUUUUGUGUGGGAAGCCCUUCAGGAUACAACACUCACGAUUCUUGUUGUUUGUGCCUUUAUAUCUCUAAUUGUUGGCAUAGCAAUGGAAGGAUGGCCUAAGGGUGCCCAUGAUGGACUUGGUAUUGUUGCAAGCAUCCUGUUGGUUGUAUUUGUUACUGCUACAAGUGAUUAUAAGCAAUCUUUACAAUUCAAGGAUUUGGAUAAGGAGAAGAAAAAGAUUACAGUUCAGGUCACUAGAAAUGGAUACAGGCAAAAGAUCUCAAUGUAUGACUUACUUGCUGGUGAUAUUGUUCACCUUGCUGUAGGAGAUCAGGUCCCAGCUGAUGGACUAUUCAUUUCAGGAUUUUCUUUGUUGAUAAAUGAAUCUUGUUUAACAGGAGAGUGUGAGCCAAUAAAUGUGACUGCUAAUAAUCCUUUUCUGCUAUCUGGAACUAAAGUUCAGGAUGGGUCAGGCAAAAUGCUUGUUACUACUGUUGGGAUGAGAACACAGUGGGGAAAACUGAUUGCUACUCUCAGUGAAGGGGGAGAUGACGAAACCCCACUGCAAGUUAAACUGAAUGGAGUGGCAACCAUUAUUGGGAAAAUAGGCUUGUUCUUUGCUGUCAUUACAUUUUCUGUUUUGGUUCAAGGCUUCUUUAGUCAUAAGCUGCAAGAAGGGUCCCACUGGAGUUGGUCGGGAGAGGAUGCCUUGGAAAUUCUGGAAUACUUUGCUAUUGCAGUUACAAUUGUUGUGGUUGCUGUUCCUGAGGGACUGCCUUUAGCUGUGACAUUGAGCCUUGCUUUUGCCAUGAAGAAGAUGAUGAAUGACAAGGCACUUGUUCGCCAUCUUUCUGCUUGUGAGACUAUGGGUUCUGCCACUAGUAUUUGCAGCGACAAGACAGGAACACUAACCACUAACCACAUGAGUGUUGUGAAAGCAUGCAUUUGUGGGAAAAUCGUGGAAAUUGAUAGCUUUGCAGAGACUUCAACAUUUUGCUCUAGGAUUUCUGAUCCUGCAUUGAGAGUACUAAUUCAGUCCAUAUUUAACAACACUGGAGGAGAGAUCAUUAAGAAUGAAGACAACAAAAUUGAAGUCCUGGGAACUCCCACUGAAACAGCUCUAUUAGAAUUUGGGCUGUUGCUUGGUGGGGAUUUUCAAGCUGAACGACAAGAAUCAAAACUUUUGAAAGUUGAGCCAUUCAAUUCUCUGAAGAAACGGAUGGGAGUAGUUUUAGAGCUUCCUGGAGGAGGUUUACGGGCCCACUGCAAAGGUGCUUCUGAAAUAAUUUUGGCUGCAUGUGACAGGUAUAUAGACUCUAACAGUAAGGUGGUUCCUCUGGACAAGGCAUCCUUCAAUCAUCACAAGGAUACAAUUGAACAAUUUGCCAAUGAAGCUCUACGAACCUUAUGCCUUGCUUAUAAGGAAUUGGGAAAUGAGUUUUCUGCUGAAAGUCCUAUUCCCUUUGAGGGGUAUACUUGUAUAGGAAUUGUAGGAAUUAAAGAUCCAGUUCGGCCAGGAGUCAAGGAAGCUGUUGCAAUCUGUAAGUCUGCAGGCAUCACGUUGCGGAUGGUUACAGGAGACAACAUAAACACUGCGAAGGCAAUUGCUAGGGAAUGUGGUAUCCUGACUGAUAAGGGCAUAGCUAUUGAAGGUCCAGAAUUUCGCAUGAAGAGUGAGGAGGAGUUGCAUGAGCUUAUUCCAAAAGUUCAGGUAAUGGCUCGAUCUUCACCAAUGGAUAAACAUGCCCUUGUGAAACACAUACGAACAACAUUUGAAGAAGUUGUUGCAGUCACUGGAGAUGGUACAAAUGAUGCUCCUGCACUUCAUGAAGCAGAUAUUGGGCUGGCUAUGGGCAUUGCUGGAACCGAGGUGGCUAAAGAGAGUGCUGAUGUCAUAAUUCUGGAUGACAACUUCUCUACAAUCGUAACUGUGGUCAAAUGGGGACGUUCGGUUUACAUAAAUAUUCAAAAAUUUGUUCAGUUUCAGCUGACAGUGAAUGUGGUUGCCUUAAUUGUCAACUUUUCUUCAGCUUGUUUGACAGGAAGUGCUCCCCUUACUGCUGUUCAGCUUCUGUGGGUCAACAUGAUAAUGGACACGCUAGGAGCGCUUGCACUAGCAACUGAACCUCCUAAUGAUGAAUUGAUGAAGCGACCACCAGUUGGAAGGAAAGGAAACUUCAUCAGUAAUGUUAUGUGGAGGAAUGUAUUGGGCCAGUCUUUUUAUCAGUUUGCCAUAAUAUGGUAUCUUCAAACAGAAGGAAAAAGAAUCUUCAACCUUGAUGGUCCCGAAUCUGAUCUGGUUCUUAACACACUCAUUUUUAACACUUUCGUCUUUUGUCAGGUAUUCAACGAGAUCAGCUCGAGAGAAAUGGAAAAGAUAAACGUCUUCAAAGGCAUGCUGAAUAGCUAUGUGUUUGUGGCCGUGAUUACAUGCACAGUCGUCUUCCAAAUUAUUAUUGUCGAAUUCUUAGGCAGCUUUGCAAACACUUGCCCCCUCAGUUUGCCGCAGUGGUUUUUCAGCAUUUCCCUGGGAUUCCUUGGCAUGCCCAUUGCUGCUGCCAUAAAGAUGAUCCCAGUGGGCUCAGCAUAAGCCCCAGGAGAAGAAGCAAAUAGGCACUUGCUUGCUGUUUUCCAUACCAUUUCUUAUACAUCAGAGGUGCAGCCUCGCAAAUUCUCUAGGGCUGAAGAUCUCCCUACAUUUGUUGCUGCUCAAGGUUCAGCUUUGCUGUAAACAUCUUUAGGCUUAUUCUUGAAAGUUUCUCUCAGGCAUUCUAACAGAAAACUAGAAGCUCCUUCUUGGUUACUCGUACAUUAGAAUGGUUAGAGAAGGGUCUGCUGCUCCCCCUGUUUUUAUUGUUUGAUGUUUCAUUUCAAUAGUAUUUUCUUUUUGUUACUAUUUGAGUCAUUGUGUAUGAAAAAUUAAGGUACCAAACAUUUAUUUUAUUUUAUUUAUCUACAAAGAUUAGACGUGUUCAUGUGUCGUU